UCUGAAACUUUGGUACUUCUCACUUACAGUAAUGUACGUACGGUAAUCAAUGGUACAUUAGUGUACGUACUGUAUCUAUUCAUGAUUCACUGUAUGUGUGAGGCAAUACCACGUAGUAAAUCACGAGUGAAUAGUGAGUGACAGCAAACAGCACAUCCACUCAACUCACUCUUUAUUAUACACGUACUGUACGUAGUUAUACGGCACUUAAGAGCAUACGUAUAUUUCGCAGGUUAUAACAAGGAAACGAGCACGACGAGGUCGUAGUCAUACGUUACGUACCGUACGAUACGUACCUGGAACAAAGCCAACGAAGGUGAAAAAUCAAAAAUCUUCACAUCAUUCUUACGUACCAAUACUGAACAACAGUACCGGUAGUACGGUACGUACUUGAAGAGGAAGACAGAAUGUUUCUCUGCGAGACGUAAUCAUCACAUAUCAUCAAUUCGAAAUCCGCCCAACGAAGUAGCAAAUGAUCAAGCCACGUGUUGCCAUCCUUGUCUCUAUGAUAUUGCAUCUUGGCCAUUCCUUCGCAACGAAAUCGCCUAUUGCGCAUCAAAGAAAUGAGAUGAGUCUCUCGGCAACUAUUGGCACCGUAUCGUCAUCGGCAUCCCCUCGCAAGGUUGCCAUUAUUGGUGGCGGAGCGGCCGGACUCGUGACAGCUCGAGUACUGAAACGAAAUGGGAUUGAGUCGACAAUUUUCGAGAAAGACUCAAAUGACACCGGGGUUGGCGGCGUCUGGUCAUACAAGCAAAACUCCGAUACUCGCCCCAUGUAUCGCGGUCUAAGAACCAAUCUACCAAGGGAACUUAUGGCUUAUCGCGAAUUCCCAUGGGGGGGGGAUGGAAAGACGAGGAGCUUUGUGACGCACAGAGAAGUCAAGGAUUAUUUAAGUAGAUAUUCUAAGGUUAUGGGUGUGGAAGACACAAUUCGAUACGAUUCCAUUGUGACCCAAUUGGAAAUCUUAGAGAUCGACGAAAAGAAGAUGGAAAAUGAUGAGGGAAAUGAACAAUAUUCCUGGCCUCAAAUCAAAGUGAGGUGGGAAUCGGUGCUGGAUGGAAUAAAUGCUGGUGACAGAAAUUCUCAGUCAGAAGUUUUCGACGCUGUUUGUGUUUGCAAUGGCCAUUAUUCUGCACCUGCCAACCCAAUCAUUUCCGGCAUGGAAAAUUUCGAGGGAAAUAUUAUUCACAGUAUUACUUAUGACGAUCCCUCAGUUUUCAAAGAUCAAACUGUACUUUGCGUAGGGGGAAGGGCAAGCGGGUCAGACCUUGCACGGGAGAUAUCCCACUUCGCGAAGCACGUGUACCUUUCAGAUACGACAUGUCCUGCCUUGGUCGACGGAAAACCCAUCAUCGAGGAAAAUGUUUCGUGGGUACCGAGAACAACUGCAGUCCUCCCGAACUCUAGAAUAUCCUUUGGACCUACAUGUGGAGAAACCCCGAAAGUUGACACUAUAAUUCUCUGCUCAGGCUAUGAUUAUGAAUUUCCCUUUAUCAAUGAUAAUUCGAACUUAGAUCUUUCGGUUGUGCCCGGUGAACGGAGGGUGAAACCACUCUACGAACAGUUGUGGCACGCACAAUACCCUUCGCUUGCCUUCAUUGGACUGCAGCAUAGUGUGGUGCCCUUUCCUUUCUUUGAACUUCAAGCAGAAGCUAUUGCUUCGCAGCUGGUCGGUGAUUCGUCUUCCAGAUCUUGGACUCUUCCUCCGAUGAAAGAAAGAAUGGAGUGCGCUGAGAAGGAUGCAACUAGUGGUGGACCGAAAGCACCUGGACGGGUCCAAGAUACGCACUACCUCGGAUCUUAUCAGUGGGAAGAAUGCUUGAAGUAUGCAAGAUUUGCAGGUGUUUGUGACGAAGAUCUGAAGAAGUACAUAAUGACCAACAAGGCAAUAUAUGAUCACUCAGGCGAAGCGAGAAAAAAUCUUUUCCCUGGCGGUCCAGAUACGUAUAGGUAUAUCAGUUAUGUACGAGAUGACAAUAACGAAACUUUUACUGCAGUUUCGUUACAUCAUGAAAUGGAUUUAGAAGAAAACCUUCAUCCAGCCCAUUCGGAUAGUUCAGUUAAGGCAAGUUAACUACAAAAUUCGGGACUUUAUUUUAUCCUUUGGUAUACCGCGACACAUCUGUUUUAACUCGACUUCCAUCAAUAGUGGUAGGAUAGCACUGUCGUAUUCGUUGUUGUUUUUGUAAAGGAUUCCUUUUCAACUGAAAGUGAACGAUGUUGGUGGGAAAAGAUGUUGACUGUGACAUAAUUGCAAUCCUCAAGAUCGGGUUGGGUAGCCCAUCAACCGGUAUAGAUAGAACUCGCAGAGAGUGCUACGCACCUCUAAACGCUCGAGUGAAGUUAUAUCACAAAGAUAAUCAAACCUCUCAAAACAUAACACUGCGAACCGAUGGUUUCUUUUUUCGAUCGACCUGUAUUUACCAAAUCAGACAUUUUGGAGGGUUCAGGAAAAUCUAAUUCCUGGUACGACCAACUGGAGAAGUACCAUAUUGAACGCAAGGUGCAACUGAAUGAAGCGAAAGUUGAUGCAAAGAACUCAAGUAAAGUCCAUGCGUCAUUUGGCGGCAAUAAAUUUCAUAAAGAAAUGGUCCUAAUUUCCGAAUAUACUUAUAACCCUGCC